AUGCACAAAGAUAAGUUAAUUCCCAAAAUACGUUACUUUUUUUGUUAAUUCCCACCAUACCGUCCACGUCAGCAUAGUGAACCGGUCUUUUUUUUUUUAAAUAAGCAGCGCAAAACCGCUAUCUGAGAUAGCGGUUUAUGGGGGUUAACCGCUAUCUGAGAUAGCGGUUCCUGUUUAAUGAACCGCCAUCUCAGAUAGCGGUUCCUGUUUAAUGAACCGCCAUCUCAGAUAGCGGUUUACCACUUAUCACUUACCUCCAGGAAGCAAAUUCAAAAAAUCAAAAGCACAAAAAAAAACCCCGCUUUGUUCUGCGUCUCUCUCUCUGUCUCCGUCGUCCUGCGGUUAACCCGCCGUCGUCCCUGUUUCUCUCUCCACCGGCCGGCUCGCCGUUAGCCGACCUCAUUCCUCGCCCUACCUCCGGCCGUCGCGUCGAGCCUCCUCACCCACAACGGAUUCUCGAGUCUCUUUCUCACCCUUCUCCAUCGUUCCUCCGUUUCGAAAUUGUUCCUCAGCCCUUGCCGGCUGUCGGACCUCUUCCUCACCACCACUAGCCGUCGAGCCUCCUCAUCAGCCACCAAAGCCGUCGAGCUUCUUUCUCACCCACCACCGGUCGUCGGUGGUUCGAAAUCAGGUCUCAUGGAGCCGACGAUCCAUCCCGGCCCACGUGAUACUUCGGUUUUGACGUUGCAGGCGGAGCAUAGGAGUGAGGAUGUUUGGGGAGGGGGUAUGGACAGGCUUUUGACGUGUCGGGAGCACGUGCUUGGUUUAGGAGAGUGGGUGAUACAUGAUCGAGUCUUGGAGUUUGUUAGAUUAGCAGGGUUCUAUGGUGUACAUAGAUUGGUUGGUGGUGGAUUAGCCUUAGAUAGGUCUUUGAUCACAGCAUUGAUUGAGAGAUGGAGACAGGAGACGCACACUUUUCAUUUGGCUGUUGGUGAGGCUACUAUUACUCUGCAGGAUGUCGCUGUUUUGUUGGGGCUCAGAGUUCAUGGGGCUCCUGUCACAGGGGAUGGUACUGGGGUGUGGUCAGCUUUAGUCGAGGAGUUGUUAGGGAUACGACCAGAGCCUGGUGAUGAUGGAAAACCUGUUCUCCAGGGUUCAUCAUUGAGGAUGACUUGGUUGAGGCGACACUUCAGUCAGGGCCCCCCUGAUGACGCUGCUGAUAUUGUUUAUGAGAGGUUUAGCCGAGCAUAUAUUCUUGCACUUAUGGGGUCCAUUUUGUUUGCUGAUAAGAGCGGUGAUGCCGUGCAGCUCGUCUACUUGCCAUUGAUACGCGACUUGCGUAGAGCUGGGACAUACAGCUGGGGGAGUGCGACCCUUGCUUAUUUGUAUCGACAGAUGUGUCGAGCCGCUCGUAGACGAUCCCGUGACAUUGGUGGUCCACUUAUACUUCUGCAGUUAUGGUCAUGGGAGCAUAUUCACAUUGGUCGUCCGAGGAUUUCGAGAGUUCGCGAUGCUCCACCUCCUGACCCAGAGCAUCCUAUUGAGGUCGACGAUCCAUCUAUUCUUGGUACUCAGCAUCAGCGUGGAGUGGACCCCUUAGCAUGCAGUUGGCUUAGGGUUCACUUUUCAUGUGGCCAUACAGCUAGUGGACUCUCUUUCUUUAGGGAUGCACUUGACCAUCAAAAGGAGACACAGAUGACUUGGCAGCCAUAUUCAGAGACGGUACUUGGUUUACUACCCGAGAUUUGUAGAUGUGAUAGAGAUAUAUGGCGCUCAGUUGUACCGUUGAUUUGCUUUGACAUUGUUGAGUACCACUACCCAAAUCGAGUGAUGCGUCAGUUUGGAUUGGAACAGUCAGUUCCCGUUGCGUGUGACACGAGUGUUGAUCUUCAUAAUGUGGAUCGACGGCAUAAAAACAAGAAGUUUGAAGAGAUGCAUCGCAAAUAUGUGGAGGAGUGGCGUGAUCGUGAGAGUCGGAUUGUUCAAGGCACUCCUUUUGCCGGUCAUCGUGAGAGGAUGAAGGAGUAUAUGGAUUGGUAUUGUAGCAUCACGAGACUCCUCAUUACUCCUGUUACACGAUCACCCCCCACCACUCAUUAUCAGCCGUCUUCCUCUGAUAUUAUUUUGUCACAUGCAUUGGCUGAUCUUGCCUCAAGAUGCACUCGAGCUGUGGAUUCUGCGUUAGAGUUACCUCCCAGUUUGGCCCUUCCUCUCACUCUUGAUACGUUACGCAAUUUGAGUUCCUCUUGCAUUGAGACCUUAUCAAGAGUGGGGCAAGAACAUAUCCUCCAACAAUAUGAUUUAGCCUCGUCUCAGUGUACACCCGACACCUCCACCUCACAUGUUUCUCGAGGGCGUGGUUUUCGACCACCACGUGCACGCCCUCCACCACUUACUCCUCCUCUACGCCCUCUAGCACUUACUUCUCCACACCCUCCACCACCACCUUCUCCACGCCCUCCACCACCACCUUCUCCACGCCCUCCACCUCUUACUCCUCCUGCAUCUCCGCCAGCAUCACAAGUUAUUUCAUCUCCUCCUUUGCAGCUUCUCACUUACCGGCGACAAAAGGGUUGCUCUCCUAGUCAACGUCCCGAGCCAAUUGCCGAGGAGGAUGAGUCCUCAUUUUCAUCGUCCGAGCAUUCAAAGAAACAACGUAGAACUUAGAUUUGAGCUACAUUAGAAAUUUUGUGUAAUCUUUUGUUCUUUUUGCUAGUAUUGGAACUUUUAGAACUUUUAGAAACUCAUGUGUCAUUAUUGGAACGAUUGAACUUUUGGAAAUUUUUUGUUUGCACUCUUC